AGGAUCUGCAAUAUCGUUUCAGAUUCUGAACACAUCAGAAAUCACCAACCCCUCCUGACAUAUCUUUCCAGUUUGGGGUGCAUUUCGUGAAGCCGGUGUAUCCGGGACAGUCUCUGCAGACGGAGAUGUGGAAGGAAAGGAACAUGAUUCACAUCCAGUGCAAGGUGAAGGAGAGCGGAGACGUGGUGCUGUCUGGAGCGUAUAUAGAUCUGCAGACGGAUGUGUCAUACAUCUCUGAGAUAGCACGCAGGAUCAGAGACGGCGGUCAGGAGCUGGUGAAGAAGGUCAACGCUGUGUUCGGAUGGAGAUCAGCAAAGACGACAGAACCAUUCGAGAGUGGAGUGAACCAGACACUGCAGAAUAUCAUUCAUUCUCUUCACACAAGCAAAGAUAUCUUAGCCUGACUACGUCAGACUUCCUACUUCCGCUCAAUUUCAUUUCGCUUCUGUACUUCUGUCUACGAAGCAAAGUGAAGUAGCAGAGUCUGGUAUUACCAGGGCUGCGUUCAGCCCCGACAAAACGUUGCACAACGUUUUUUAAACAGAAACGGUGAUGCGUUGAACUCACUGUUCUGAUGACGCAAGAGUUGAAACUAUGGCAGCUGAGAAGGCAUUCUUUGUGUUCUUUGUGAAGAAUUUUCGGAGCCUGAUGAAGUCGGUAUAAAUAUGUGUUUAAUGCUACAAAAUAUGCCCGAUGUUACAGUUACUGCACUAUAGCCUGUCCCAAAGGGAUUGCUGAAGCUGAAAUGGAAGCACACAUCUUACCUAAUUCAGACUAAAACACAUAUGUUUAGCUUCACAUACUGACUUUAUUUGUAGUUCGUACGGUUUUAAUACCCUGUAUUUUCUUAUUUUUACGAAAAGCACUUAAUUACCAUUGUUUAUUUCUAUACCAAAUGUCAUACACUUACAAUGUAGCUAAAAAUAUAAACAACUACAUCAUGUUGAUAUCCUAUAUUUUUACAAUAAAACUUA